AUGGCAGGUCUAGAAUUAUUGUCAGAUCAAGGGUUCCGCAUUGAUGGACGAAGGCCCCAUGAAUUGCGGAAGAUUCAAUGCCGUUUAGGAGUAUUUAAUCAAGCCGAUGGUUCGGCAUACAUAGAACAGGGAAAUACUAAAGUUUUAGCUGCCGUGUACGGUCCUCAUGAGAUUCGAGGAAGUAGGAGUAAAGCUCUACAUGACAAGGUUCUCGUAAACUGUCAAUACAGUAUGGCCACAUUUAGUACUGGAGAACGUAAACGAAGACCGCGUGGGGAUAGAAAGUCACAAGAGAUGACCAUGCAUCUUCAACAAACAUUUGAUGCUGCAAUCCAAACAAGCCUCUAUCCUAGAUCACAAAUUGAUAUUUUUGUUGAGGUGUUACAGUCUGAUGGUGGGAAUUACUGUACCAGUGUGAAUGCCUCAACAUUGGCCCUAAUAGAUGCAGGGAUAGCAUUGAGAGACUAUGUGUGUGCCUGUUCUUCAAGUUUUGUUAAUGACACCCCAAUUACAGACAUUAAUUAUAUGGAAGAGUCCUCAGGCAGCCCAGAAAUCAUUGCAGCUACUUUGCCCAAAUCAGAACAGAUUGUGUUUUUAGAAAUGAAUGGACGUCUCCAUGAAGACAAUUUGAGUCGUGUGACAGACAUGGCUGUUAAAGGGUGUAAGGAUAUUCAUGAUAUUCUAGACCAGGUUGUCCGUGACCAUGUCAGUGAAGUGUCUACUGUUCAUGGAUGGGAGAACUGAGAAAAAUGCAAUAGAAUUUUCUAGGAUAUGCUGUUUGUAUCAUUUUUUCAUUGUAUGUGAGAAAUUGAAAUGUUGCUUAUACAUAUUUCUUUUCUAACAUUAUAAAUUAGAUAAUAUUUUUACAGCUGAAACUGCACACAUAUCUUGAAAAACACAACCCAUUUUUUCCAAUAUAUUCCAUAAAUCAUUUUGUACAUUUAGUCGUGUACAUGUAUCACCAAAUGUGUUUAUUUAGGUACAUGCAUUUGUUAAAUGAUAAAAAGUUUUUUUGUAUUACACAAAAAUCUAAUUCAUUUUCGAUGAAAUAUGAUUGGUCAUUGAAAGUAAUUUGUUGCAGUUUCUCACUUGUGUAUGAAGCCUCGAUGUUAAUUAUAAAUGAAAGACUCUGCUGACCCUGAAGGGUCAUGAAAAUGACACGGAGGUCAACAGAAUGACCCGAACAGAUUAAUGAGACUUUGAAUGUUACUGGUAUAAAGAAUCUGUGUUAGUGUGACUCAAAUUUCUAAGGAAAAUGUACAAAAAUGGUAUGAAAUGAUGAUGCUUUCACUUACUUAAAUUAUGUUUAGAAUUAAGGUAAUACUGAAGUACUGUUGCAAAUGUUUUCCUGGUAACAUAUAUAAUUGCUUCAGUAAAAUAUACCAUGAAGGUUUUUCCCUAAAAGAAAGACAGUUCAGGGACUGAACUUUCAAAUCUGCAGCCAAUUUUGCAUUUUUGCAAAGUUGUUAUCCAGAAAUUGUCCUUACAAAUAAAAGGGAAGACACUCCAGGCUAAAAGGCAUUGUUACGUAAGAGUGGUUGAUAUAAGUUGUACCUAACAUUUGAAUUGAGUGUCUGCAAUAUUUAAAUUGACAUGUCUUUAACAUUUAAAUUGACAUGUCUUUAACAUUUAAAUUGACAUGUCUUUAACAUUUAAAUUCAUGUAUCUGUGACAUUUAAAUUGACAUUACUGUUACAUUGAAAUUGAUAUGUCUGUGACAUUAAAA